AUGUGCAGGGUACUGGAGGGGAUCAUUUCCAUGGACCAUCUGUCUCGCUGGCUGCCCACACAACAAAGAAGGACCCAGGAUGGUGUUAGUACAUGUUGGAUAUCUGGUUCUCCCCGUCUUCGGCUCAGUUAGAAAUAGAGGUAUGACUAGCUGUUUAGACGUAAUCACAGGCAAUUCUGAUCACUUGCAUUUAUUUCCCAUAGGAGCACACUUCACCAGGCAUCACAAUAGCCAUGCUACCUCCUGCCGACACUUUCACCUGGGCGCUCCCCAGGCGCCCAUCUCAGCAGAGUUCCCUCUAGGACAUGCCAGCCAGCCCCCUCAGACAGGCCUGGCCACCCACCUGCCCCCGGCACACCAUCCGCCCCUCACUGCCCUGCCUGCACCCCCUCAGUUCCAGGAUGUGCCGGGGCCUCCAUUCCUACCUCAGGCCUUACACCAGCAAUACCUCAUCCAGCAGCAGCUUCUUGAAGCGCAAAGAGCCCAGGAGCGUAUUCCCCUGAACCCUCACCGACUGCGUUCAGGCUAUGAGUACUCCCCUCCCCUCCAUGUUCCCCAGCCAAUGACACAGCAGCCACGGUACCUGGCCGAAGGCACCGACUGGGAUCUCAGCGUAGAUGCCGGCCUCCCUCACCACCAGUACCAGCUCCAGCAGCUUCCACAGCACUAUCAGCAUUACCUAGCCUCCCCUCGAAUGCACCACUUCCCCAGGAACACAUCCUCUGCACAAGUGGUUGUGCAUGAAAUCAGAAACUACCCGUACCCUCAGCUGCACCUGUUGGCACUGCAAAGUCUGAAUCCUUCAAGGCAUGCCACCGCUGUGCGAGAAAGUUAUGAGGAGCUGUUGCAGCUGGAGGACCGGCUGGGGAGUGUCAGUAGAGGAGCUGUCCAGACAACCAUAGAGAGAUUCACCUUCCCACACAAAUAUAAGAAGAGAAAGCCCCUGCAGCUGAAGAUUGGAGAGGAGGAGGAAACAGAUGUGGAUGAGAAAUGUACCAUCUGUUUGUCCAUGCUGGAGGAUGGAGAGGACGUCAGGAGACUGCCCUGCAUGCACCUAUUCCACCAGGGCUGCGUGGACCAAUGGCUGGCCACCAGCAGGAAGUGUCCAAUCUGUCGAGUUGACAUCGAAACACAGCUGAACCCUGACAGCUGA